UUUACAGUGCUGGCAUUCGAAAGCACAUUUCACUGCUCCAGUGUCUCUAGAAUAAAUGAUUAUCAUUUCUGCAUGUCCUGGAAGCAAUUAUAAAUUUGUUACAGCUUAGGCUGUUUGCUGUUUUUACAUAAGGACGGAAUUCGAGAGGAAUAAUUUAAUUUAAUUUAAUUUAAUUUAAUUUAAUAUAAUUUAAAUUAACCAAAAUGGACAUUUUUGGACAAAAUAAGUCACAGGCAAACAGCACCAUUCCGACUGAAAACUGGACAUCUAUAUACUCUAUAGUUCGAUGGAUUCAAAUAAUAAUGGCCGUCCUAAGCAUCUUAGGGGCUGGCUCCAUAAUCUUUUAUGCAAUUGUUAAAGGACUAGUAAGAAAACCAGAGGUGCUGCCGUUGUUCUUGUUGAGUUUAACAGACCUGCUGUUGGCUCUGAGCUGGAUGUGUGGAGGUCUUCUCUUCACCCAGUCCUGUGACGCUUACGACAUCUGCUACAACCUCCACAUAGUGGAGCAGACGCUUUACAUGGCCUCGUUCUUCUACACGCUGCACUAUGUUUGGGUGCUCUACACAGGACUGAUGGGGAAGUACAGGAGACUCAAUGGUUUCCCAGGCGAGAAUCCAGCAAACACAAGAAGCUGCAGGUGUCUCGGUCCUUUCCUGUCAUGUCUUUUGCCUUUAAUGCUCACGGCGCCCGUCUUUGUAGCAGGAAACAUGUUUCGUUGUUACACAAACUUCACCCAGCCCUACAGAUGUUUGCUGAUGCAUACUGGCGCUGUGUAUCUCACAUCAUCCGUAAAUACAAAAAUGACAGCAUGUAGUGUCAUUCAAGACUACUGCAUGACCAUAUUCCUUACCACCUUCCUUAUGACCUUCAUCGGCAUCACCACUCUCAUGUGUAAAGCUCGCUCCCUGUACAAGCGUAUCAUCACGUCUCAAGGUUUUUUCGCUGACAAUCAUUGGGAAACUCUGCGUCUCCUGGAACGGCGUAUGCUGCUUUAUCCCUCAGCCUUCUUCUUCUGCUGGGGACCAGCAAUAUUUCUGGCCACUAUGAUGUUGGUGAAACCGGACAUAAUAGAGGGAAGGAUGGGAGUGGUUCUCUACAUCCUACAGGCCUUCACCUCCGCCUCUCAGGGUCUGCUGAACUGUCUGGUGUACGGCUGGACGCAGCAGCACUUUCGCUCUCUCAGCAGCGGCAGCAUCAUACGGGACGCCUCCACCCAGACUCCACUGCUGCGCUCACAGAAACCAAACUAUGCUGCUUUGCGCUCUACUGCAUCACUCACCAAUUUUGUCUGAUGGAAGGACACACAAGAAUCCCUGCAAUGCAUUGGGAAGACACUUCAAACCAAAGCCACCGGGGGAUCAAACCCAUGACUUGGCUGUUGCGAGCGUCAUGCUCUACACAUUGAGCUUCCUGAGCCAGUACAGCACACACUAACUCAAGACUGAAACAAGUGAAGUAUCGUUGUGGUCUAACAGACGCGUUUAGUCUUGAUAAAACCAGCCAGAGCAGAAGUGUUUGCUUUGCUGUUGUAUUAUUAACACCAGAUGCCAGAUAAAGACGCUUUGCUGAAAAGGCAGCUUAAUGUUUUUUUCUACUUUGGUUUUGUUUUAAGAUUUCAGAUGCUGCACCUGCUGCUAGUUUAGCUGAGAAACCCACUUCAAGAAACUGUUUCAUUAUCCAGCCUCUACUACUAGCUUUUACAAUGACAUGAUCGAGACUUUCACAGCGCACUGCUGAACUAUCGAAAAGGGAAAGACCGAAGGGGGAUUACAGACAGAGGAAAAUAGUUCUGAAACAGGAUCUGAGAAGACAAUGCUGCUGCUUUCCAUCCAAAAAAAACCAAAACAAACAAAACCUGAACCCACCUACACAAGUGUUUAGAGUGCAGGUAUCAGUCACUGCUAAAGGAGCAUGAAACAAAUCAUUCAUCCUUCAAAACAAUACUUCUCAAUGGAGCUGAUGAGAAAUAUUAGCCGGGAAAAGACUCAUAUGAACCUGUCAAGAUAGUAGCAAUGAAUCCUGAAUAAGCAUUUUGCUUAAAAUGAGGUCUUUACAGUCAUGGAAAAGCUGGAAAUAUUUAGAAAUUGUGGUUUUCAGGUUCGGAAAAGUUCUGAAAUACUCUUAACAGGAUUGUUUCACCCCAAAAGUAAUAUCCUUUCAUCUUUUACUUCGUUCCAAACCCCAAAAAAAUGUUAUCUUUGAAACACGGAUGAAGAUAUUUUUAAUGAAACCUUGAUAUUUCUGUCCCUUCACUGACGCUGAUGAUUCAAAAAGUUCAUAAAGGCAUCAUACAAGAAAUCCAGUAAUCCAAGCUUUCAUAAGAGACACGAUCGGUAGAUGCAAUAUUUAAUUCUCAUAUAUACACAAUGAUCUACGCACAUCCAUAGAGCACA